AUGCGUAGUCAUCUUUUAGAACAAAGCACGUCGGGUCGAUUCUCAACCACAAUCCAACAUGUAAUGGCUGCGAAAAAAUCAGAGCCUGACAAGAAUCUGCCGUGGGGUUUGACCCCAGAAGGGUUAACCCCAGGAUCUAUGAAGGUAAGCUGAAAUUUAACAUCUGUUCUCUCGUUUUAAUUAGCAAUUGAUUUGGAAUUCAAGAUAUCGAUGUUUCAUCGUCAAAGUAACGCUUUGCAAUGGAUGUAUUCCUUGCAGACAAUUUCUGAGAGCAAGUUGAAGUCCUUCUCUGUUGGAAUGAUGAACGCUGGACUGAAGAAACCCGCCAGAUCAAAGCUAGAUUCUGAUGAGAAGAAAAAGGUCUCACUUAAUUGUGAUUUUGUACAGUAGAAUAUCCUAGAUCGUAAGAAAGCAGAAAAAUUGUCGGUACGAUUUACUAGAGAUUUAAGACGCUGCAACUGAAAGCCAGAUUUUGCAAGUAUAUUUUUAAUGGAACUUGACAUUUGAAGGAUGUUUUAGAAAUGAAGAGGCUAUGUGUAAAUAUUCAUAUGAUGCAUAGUGUAAGAUUUUAUGGUAAGAUGUUGAAGGAUACAAGAAGAGUUUGUUGAUCAGGAAUGGAAAGUGAGUGAUUUUCAAAAAGCCUUUUAAGGUAGCAUUGGAAAGAGCUAUAUUGUCAACUCUGGCAAUGUACGUAUUUAAUCAAUCCAGUUGUUUUAAUCUCCUUCAGGGGUAAUGUUACAUUUACCUGAGUAUUUGUUGUAUUUAGCCUCUCCAUAUAUUUGGUUCAAAAUUUUCAUGUGUUUGUUGAGCAUGCUCCUGAGAUGGUUGUCUUUUUGGAUAUUUUGCAAUCCCUGUGGUGGGUAGCAAAUCAAGCAAGUUGCAUUUCGUGCAGCAUGCAUUAUCGGACGUUUUCAGUUUGGUGAAGUUCACAGGAAUCAUACAAAACAUUCCACAGGUUUCAAGUUUGUUUUGUUCACAAGGGUUUCUGAAAAGAGGGGAGGUUAUAUUAAAUUGAAGGAAGCUGUGAAUCAUGUGUUGCAAGGGGAUAGAGAAAAAUCCAUGUCCCUCUCUAGUGUUAAUGUGUUAUUUGGAUGCUCUGAUCUUCAGCUAACUUGUUGGCAAAUCAGUUGACCAAUAAGACCAUUUAUUAGCAAUAUUCUGGACAAGUGUCCAGCUAACUGCCUGGAUUAGCAAUGUUAAAAUAACUCUUGUAAAAGGACAGUUUUAACUUCAGUUCUUGAAUACUUUGUCAAAGUUAUAAUUGUCUCUGUUUUUUAGAAAGCAGAAUCAGAGUGUGCUGAAGUGUUUGCAGAUUUUGUUGCUUCAUUUGAAGAUGCUCGGGUGGCUGGGAAGACUUUUGUGCGUGGCAAUACAAUCAACCCGGAAACAAAAGGUAAAAUUAUUUCAAAACUGAUUCGUGUAUUUAUUAUUCCAAAUAAAUAGUAGACUUAUUUAUCUGUCUUUGUUCUCUACCUAAAGAUAAAUUUAAAAGAGUAUUUCAUAGACAGUUAAAGAACAUUUUGAUGCAAGAGGAUACUUUAUACUUUAAUCAAUAAAUUUAUAAAAUCAUAAUUGUUAUUUUGUGUCUAAUUUUACUCCAGUUAUAAUAUGUAAUUUCUAAUUGGCUACGCUAUAAUUCAUGGUGCUGUUUUUCUUGUUCGUGUACAUGUAUAUACAUGUUCUUUAGUCAUUUCCUUUGUUCAAUCAAUUAAUUCUCUCCUCUAGCUGCUACACAUUUCCUUGUAAGUUGGUUACGAGAAUUUGGUGUUGGAUCAAUAUAAUAUCUUAUACCUGAUAAGUUUGAGUUUUCUCACUACCAGUGAGAUCAAUAUAAUAUCUUGUAACUUAUAAGUUUUAGUAUUCUCAAUACCAAUUUGCUGGAUGAUACAGUGUAUAUGGAUGCUAUAGGAAGAAGUUACAGUUAAUUACUUCUGGGAGCUAAAGGGUAAAGUGAAGAAUUUAUCUUAAUGUUUCUUUUCCUCCCACUUCGAUUUUCUUCACUAUUUUGUAGUGAAGAAAUGUAAAAUGGUUUCUGUGUUUACAUAGCCUGAUGUAAACAUGUGGGAGGUUGGGAGAACACAAGAUAAGUGUAGGAAACCACGAUGCAAAGUGGAGUGGUUUCCAGCUUACCGAGUGUUCUCCAAAUCUCCCAAGUGUCUACAUCAGGCUAUGUAAACACGGAAACCAUUUUACAUUUCUUUUAUAAAAUGACUAGUGAAAGAGGAACGAAAACUGUGUUUACGUAUGCUCAUGUAAAAUGGUUUUAUAGCCAAUCAGAGCAUGCAUACUAUUUGAAUUAUUUUAUAAGUAUGGGUCGUUUGAUAUGUAUUUUAAUUGCUGAGGUUGUUCGAUUUUGUUGCUGAUGUUUGUGAAUGUUUUACAGAGGAGACUGCUUCGGCACAGGCUGGAGCUCUAUACAAGCCAAUGGCAAAGAUAUCUGCUACUGUUAUGGAAGAGAAAAUCAAGACUGAAUUGGCAGCUCCCAAAGUGGUGUGUAUUCAGUUUUAAUUUUAUGUAUAGUGGUCUUGUGGCUAGCAUAACCCUUUCACUCUGAAGAUCUCAUUAGCAAUUCUCCUUACUAUCUACCAUAUAAUUCUUGUGAUGUUAGUUUGGAGAAUUUGGUAUUGGAUUAACUAAAAAUCCCCCUAAUCGCUAUUUUUUUUUCUUUAUUCUUAUCACUUGUCUGCUUGAUAUUACAUUGAUAUGGAAAAAGAAAUUCUCUUGGUCACUCAUGGAGUUGAAGUGUUAGUUAUCUUUGGGCAAGAGACUUAGAUGGAUUCUCCACAGUGCAUCUCUCCUCGCGAAAGUGUUAACAGUACUUUAAUUGUCAGAGGAAUGUUAUAUACCAUAUUGCUUGUUGCAUUAUGCUACAGUAAAUGGAAAUGUGCAGUGCAACACAUAGGAAACUUGUAGCACUGAAUAACAAAGGCAAAAAAGUUGUGCAUGUUUUUGUCCUUGUGCACAUAAAAAUUGUAUAUGCGUGUCUGACCUUCCCUGUGUAGUUAACAUAUAUCUGAGCAGUACUGUACUCUCCACUGGCAAUCAAACGUUUUGCAUUUUCUGUUCUUUUUUUCAGGAGUCUGUUAAGAAAAAGGCAAAAGAGAAAGAAAAGAAGAAGAGCAAUUUAGAACUGUUUAAGGAAGAAUUAAAAAGGUAAAUAAAGUUAUUGUUAAAUGUAUGUGAGAGUAAUUGUAUUUAUUCUUACAGGCAUGUAUGCUUUUAUGAUUUUUUGUCUCUUUUUGUUCAGACAACAGAAGGAAAGGGAGAUAAGGCACAAGAUCAAGAAGGGUGAUCUAGCUGAUAUUCCCAGAGAUGUCUUAGAAAAUAUGGCACCAUCUCUUCUUGCACCUUCCAAAGGUAUGGACUAAUAGUUUUGGGUGAUAAAGUAUAUAGUUACCAAAUUUAGAUCAAUUCAGAAGUUCAAAAAAAUUUUAAAUUUAACAGGAUUGGUUCCAUUUAUCUUUGGUCUGUGGCUGUCAUUGUGAAUUUCUCCUUUAUAUUGAAGACAAAACAUGCGACAAGGAUCAGAAACAAACAUUUUGCUUCCUUCAUUCCCAAUGAAUUACAACCAGUAAUUGAUUUGUUUAUAUUUGUAGAGGAAGGUUAUUCAUAUGGAUCACAUGAUACUGGAGAUCCCAACACAACAAAUCUUUUUACAUUGGAAACAUCAAUCCAGCAGUAAGUUAAUUCUCCAUACUUUUCUCUACACAUUUCAUAAGGUGAUGACAGGGAGAAAUUGUUUAACAAUCCAGGACUUCAUUAGUUAGUGAUCAUUUCCUUAUAGUCUCUUGACCCUAAUGAGUGAUUCAGGGGUUAGGAGAAAUUAGAUGCUAAUCACUCCUACAGUGGUUAAAGGGUUAAGAUAUGUUUUUGUGAAGCCAUAUAAUCAUUUCUCAAUCAGGACAGGCCUGAUUUAUAUAAAAAAGCAAUAAUCUUACAAGCAUUGUUGCUCAUAAAGAGUUUUAUGAAGCUUCAUGAAGAACAUUGUUAGAGUAUGUUACUGAAAAGAUAAUCCAAAGCUAGAACUGGUCCUAGUUUCAAAAGGUCUGUAUGAUUCACCCUUAUGCUGUUUCUUCGUUUUUUAGAUGACAGAGGAGAUGUUAAUGCGACUGUUUGGCAAGUAUGGACCUCUGGCCAGUGUUAAAAUCAUGUGGCCUAGGACUGAGGAGGAGAAGGCUCGCAACAGAAAUUGUGGUUUUGUUGCUUACAUGAGGAGAAAGGAUGGAGAAAAAGCUCUUAAUGCUCUAAAAGGUUAGAUUUUAUUGAAAAAUAUUUAGUUUCAUAGGGAUUUUCUUCAUCUUAGAGCUGAAGGUUUUGGGUUUAAAGCAAACAUUCAAAUUCUUAAAGGUGUAUUCUUGAGAACAAUGUAUCUUAAUAAUAAUUUCUGAUGUAAACCCACCCACCUCCCCCUCCCCCUCCCAUUUCAAGCAACAGUGCACUCUAUAGGGAAAGAUGUUUUUUGUCCAGUCACAAGCGUGGAACAAAGAAAAAAUUCUGAGUCCCCACGAGGAAUGGAACCUCAGACCUUUGGAUUCCGCACUUAACUGGUAUUCUGUUUAUAUAUAUGAACCUCAUAAUAGACCUUGCUCAUGGUAGAGUCUCUGUGGCUCUGUGGUAGAGCAUUGAAGUGUAGAAUCUGAAGGUCUGAAGUUCAAGCUCAAAACUUACCACCUCUCUUAUUUUAUUUACUGUACUAUAAGUUUCUCUGAAAUUCUGUCAAGAGAUAAGAGAUAACUUUAUUCUUUCUCAUCACUCUAAUGUUUUAAUGAUUAUUGGCUGUCACAAAAGAGCUCAAUACUAUGUUAACAAAGCACCCCUUUUGAAAACAUUGUUGUCACUAAAAACCCUUUUUGGUUUAUGAAUUUCUUUUACUUCUGAUCACAGGGAAAGAAGUCAUGUCCUAUGAGAUGAAACUAGGUUGGGGAAAAAGUGUUCCUCUACCACCCCAUCCAAUCUAUAUUCCCCCAGAGAUGCAAGAAGACACUACCCCACCACCCCAAUCAGGGUUGCCUUUUAAUGCCCAACCUGAUAAAAAGAAAGAUGACUACUCCAGUGCUCCUCCCCCACAGGGGGGUGCCGAGGAAGGCAAGCGCAAUCUUGAUGCAAAUGGUUUUAAUAAGGAGGUGAGCUUCAGAUAAUGGUUUAUCCAUG